UACACACACACUCUAUCCCAAUUUGUUAAUUUCUUCUAUCUUUUCUUCAUGGAUCUUCUUCCGGGUCUUCCUAAUGAUAUUGCUCUUGAAUGUCUAAUUCGUCUUCCUCUCCAUCAAUUCUCUAAAGCUGCUUCUGUAUGCACCAACUGGAAAACCGAGAUCAAGCAUCCCCUGUUUCGACAACGUCGGAAAGAAUCGGGUCUUACCCGACCCGUUUUCGUAUUAGCCCAAGCCAUGGUUACUACCAUUCGAAAACCUUAUGGCAUUACCAGCCUUUCAUCUACUCAGUUCUAUAGACUCACCCUUUAUGAUCCGGAAAGGGGAUGUUGGUACGAUUUGCCGCCGAUACCGGAGUUAAUUGAUGGAUUGCCCAUGUUUUGCCGGGUUGUAGGAGUCGGGUCGGAUGUAAUGGUGAUAGGCGGGUGUGACCCGGUUAAUUGGAGGGUUAUGGACUCUGUUUUCAUCUACAAUUUCGUAUCCGGUUCGUGGCGUCGUGGGGCGGAUAUGCCGGGAGGACAGAGGCUUUUUUUUGGAUGUGCGUCGGAUUCGGAGAGAUUUGUGGUUGUCGCCGGCGGACAUAACGACGAGAAGAAUGCGCUGAGAUCGGCUCUGUUGUACGACGUGGCGGAAGAUGAGUGGAUUACGCUGCCGGAAAUGGCCUUUGAGCGUGACGAGUGCAAGUGCGCAUUUCACCGCGGUGAAUUCCACGUCAUCGGAGGCUAUCCUACGCAUGCACAAGGUCAAUUCCAGCGCAGCGCUGAGGUGUUCAACUCCGCCACAUCCCGGCAGUGGCACCUGGAGGAGGACUUCCUGGGUGCCGACACGUGUCCCCAGACCUGCAUAGAAGGCGACGACGGGAGACUAUACAUGUGCCGAGACGGUGCCGUGGUCGUAAAGAUUGACGCCACGUGGAAACACGUGGCGAAACUGCCAGGUGGAGUAUCCAACGGGGCGUAUCUGACAGCGUGGCAGGGGAAGUUGUUAGCAGUGGGAAAUUCAAUAUUAGAUGAAAUUCAGAGUAGUUAUGAACUUGAUGUGAAUAGUGAGAGUAAAGAGAAGACAUGGAGAAAAUUGGAUACUCCAAAUGAAUACUGUGGACAUGUUCAAUCAGUUUGUUGUUUAGAGAUAUGA